AUGGCUGAGAAGCGCGCUGACGCGGCCACGCCCGUUGGCUACGCUUCGCAGAACGGCGGCGUGACGGGUGGCGCGGGCGGUACCACCACCACCGUCUCCACGCUGCCCCAGAUCACCGAGGCCCUCCAGAAGAAGGACGACUCCAAGAAGGUCGUCUACGUCAAGGGCAAGAUCACCGGCAGCGAGAAGAUCUACGUCGGCUCUAACAAGUCCAUCCUUGGUGUCGACUCCGACUCCGGCCUCGAGGGCGUCGGCCUCCUCGUCCGCGACGCCAAGAAUGUCAUCAUCCGCAACCUGGCCAUCUCCAAGGUCGAGGCCGACAACGGCGACGCCAUCUCGAUUGACGGCUCGACCAACGUGUGGGUCGACCACUGCGACCUGUCUAGCGACCUGUCUGCAGACAAGGACUUCUACGACGGCCUGUUGGACAUCUCGCACGGCGCCGACUACGUCACCGUCUCGAACGUGUACUUCCACGACCACCACAAGAACUCGCUGGUCGGGCACUCGGACUCCAACGCCGACGAGGACACCGGCAAGCUGCACGUCACCUACUACAACAACUACUGGAGCAACGUCGGCUCGCGCUGCCCGCUCGUCCGCUUCGGCACCGUCCACGUCGUCAACAACUACUACGAGAACGUCUCUGUCUCCGGCAUCAACACGCGCAUGGGCGCCCAGGUCCUCGUCGAGAACAACGUCUUCAACAGCGUUGAGCAGGCGCUUGUCUCGGUCGACUCUAAGGAGGAUGGCUAUGCUGUUGCCCGCGGCAAUGACUGGGGUACCUCUACCAACGAGGCCCCUGAGGGCACCCUUACUGAGGUCCCGUAUGAGUACACUGCUGUUGACGCUAGUGAGGUCAAGGCUGCUGUUGUUGGCAAGGCUGGCAACACCCUCUCUGGCUUGUAA